UUUCAUGCCGUCUUUUUUUUUCAAAAUGGUUUCAAUACGUUUCAUGCUGAACUAACAAUUGUAAAAACUCAUACUCGAUAUUAUUAAAUAAAUAGCUUAACAAAAACAGUAUUGUGUGAAUAUUUUAUGAAGAAUGGUUAGAUAAUAAUAUUUUUCAGAUUUUGGGGAUAUAUAUUACGAAGAGUGGUUAGAUUAUAAUAUUUUUCAGAUUGUGUGAAUAUUUUACGAACAGUGGUUAAGUUGUCUUUCUGGGUAUGUCUGGACAAGGAGCUAUAUCAGCAGAGGCUGAGUGUGUCAAUGUAAAAAUGAAAGUUAUUUUACCCAAUGGGGAAGUAAAGCCGGAUGUUUACAUCAACCCAGAGAAUAAAGUAUAUGAGGAGAAAGAAAACAUAUUAAGAAACAGCAACAUACCAUAUCCGAAUUUGUACGUGAUGAUAUUGAUGGGAAUAGGCUCAGCUAGGACAAUUUUAGAGGAUAAAAAAGAAAUGGAGUUCUACCUGAAUCAAAUAGCAUCUGCAGAUGAAGUAUACUUGGAAAUAAAAAAGAAAAGCUCUGAAAUAGAACGGCCGCCCAAGCCUGUCAACGCAGAACUUUUUGGAGUGCACCUAAAGUGAAUGCUGCACAGCCAUAGGAGUUAUAUAUACAGUCAAAUAUAAAUGAUUUUUUUUAAAAAAUGAGUCUUGUUUGUGAUUACAUGUUAGCACUAAUGUUUUGUUUUUGUUUAAGAAUUGAAAGAGAUUUUCCAUUCAUUGUUAAUACUUUCCUCAGUUGUACUAAUUAAUAUUAUUGUUUAUUUAUAC